CGAGAACGUCAUCAUUCGCGAACACGUGUUGACGCUGGAGUGCGGAAGUGAUGUAUUAACAACACAAGUGUUGCUGAAACGCAGCAGGACAAAUCAAGAUAGGUUGUCCUGAUGUCUCGUUCAGAUGUGCUGUCUCUAUACAGGAGGGUCCUGCGCAUUGCACACAGUUGGCAGGCACAGUCCGGUUUGCUACAGGAUACAGACAUAGAGAGGAAGUACAUAACUCAGGAGGCUCGAACCCUUUUCAGACAAAACCAGCUGAUAACAGAACCAGAAUCAAUCAAGAGAUGCACUGAGGAGUGUGAGGCUCGGAUAGAGAUAGGAAUGCAUUAUAGAAACCCUUAUCCCAGACCGAUGUAUCUUCCUCCAAUGGGUCUCGCCACUCAGAAAGGUAGAAAGCUGCGAGCCCAGCAGAAACUGAGGAAACAAGCCAAACCCGUGUACCUACAGUCCCACGAUGACACCUGAUAUAAUGUAGACAUACACAGACUUUUAAUAUACAGGUCAUGAACUGUUUAGGAAAUCAAAUUAAUUUCAAUAACUUUUAAGUUGCAUAAAAGACAAAUAAAGUCUGCCCGUUCAUGAAAUUCAUAAUUAAAAUGGCAGUAUCAUAACAACAGAUCAGUCACAAUGCAAGCGCUAAUAGGAAUACUGUGACGCCACAUGUGUCCUUGAGCAAGACACUGAACCCCAAGGUCUCCCAAUGGCAGGAUAGCACCUUGCAUGACAGCUCUGCCGUCAUUGGUGUGUGAAUGGAUGAAUGUGUCACAGUGUAAAGCGCUUUGAAUACCGCUAAGGUUAAAAAGCCGCUAUAUAUCUGCAGACCACUUACCAUUUACUAUAUGUUCUUUUCAUCAGUCUAUAAGAGUUAUUCUAGACUAGAUGAUGUUGUUUGAAAGUAUAUCUUUUUUUAAUAUGUUUAUUUAUUUAAUUUUUAUGUUCUAAUUGUUGGUGACCACUGUAGUGCAUGUUUGUG